AUGGAGUCCAACAGAAACAGCUCUGAAAUGGCAACAGAUGAAAAUGGAGAUGUGUACGAACAUUUUGCGCUCAUCCGAGCAGGAAUUUUGGGUUUGGUUUUUGUGCUUGCAACAUGUGGUAAUCUUUUUUUCUUAGGUACACUUUGGAAGAAGCGAAAAAGAAACACAAGGACCCAGUUGUUCCUCUUGCACCUGUGCUUGGCAGAUCUGGUGGUGGCUUUUUUCCAAGUCCUACCGCAGUUCUCCAUUGAAAUUACGCACAGGUUCAGAGGCACAGACUUCCUAUGCCGGUCCGUGAAGUACUUACAGGUGGUUGGGAUGUUUGCCUCCGCGUACAUGAUAGUGGCUAUGACCAUAGACCGGUACAAUGCAGUUUGCAAACCGAUGGUUUCCUUCUUGAAGGGCUCAUUUAGGAGGUAUCUCUCCGUUGGCGCAGCGUGGCUGCUCUCUCUCGCCUUCAGCUCUCCUCAGCUCUUCAUCUUCUCUCUCCAGGAGGUCGAGGAGAACCAGUACGACUGCUGGGCGACAUUUAUUGAACCGUGGGGGAGCAGGGUUUACAUCAGUUGGAUCACUCUGUCGGUGUUUGCCCUGCCUGUUGUCAUUUUACUCUAUUGCCAAAUAAGAAUAUGCACAACAAUCUAUUUCAACAUGAAGAGAAAAGCGCUGCAGGCGGGGCGGGCAGGCACGAAGGGGGUGUCCAACGCGAUGCUUAAGACUGUGAAAAUAACAUUUGUCAUUAUAAUGGCAUACACGGUGUGUUGGAGCCCAUUCUUUGUUGCACAGUUGUGGUCUGCAUGGAGUCCAAGCAGCGCACCUACUAAAGGUCCUGUGUUUGCCAUCAUCAUGUUGCUGGCCAGUCUCAACAGCUGCACCAACCCUUGGAUAUAUCUCUUCUGUAGCUAA